AUGCCCGGCCUCACCUCCCCGUUACUGGCGCCGGCGUUCCCGGGCCAUCUCCCUCCGCCGACACCACGCUCACUCUCAGCCCGGGCAGCGGCGCCAACUACACGGCGGCAGCGGCGAACCGGGGGGAGGGGGCAAGAAGACACGUCCGGCUCAGCCCCGCAGAGAGCUACUGCCUUCUCCGCCUUCUCCUCCUCCUGCUCCGCCGCCUCCUCCCCUCCUCCCCCCGUCGCCGCCGCUGCCUGGCCCUUCUCCUCCGCCUCCUGCCGCCGCCGCCGCCGCUGGUGCCGCCGCUGCCGCUCCACCAACUACAUCCGGGCAACUCGGACGCCGCGGCCUUCGGAAAACCUCGGCAGUUUCCGCCGCGCCCCUCCUCUCCCACCCUCUGCCUUCCUCCCCGCCCCGCGCGGCUCCGGAACGCCGCCUUCGGCAAACCUCGGCCCGCCCCGGCCUUCCUCUUCCUCUGAGGCCUGGCUCGCCUCCUCGCUACCCGUCAGGUCUUUCCGGUUGCCGCUUCUUGUCCUCAAGCGCAAGUCUGGCCGCUGCCGUUCCAGUUUAGGGAUAGUCCCGCUCGGGGGCCCUCUCGAGGCUGGUCCCGGGGGCCCCGGGAUGCGCGGGGAGGGAGCCGCCUUCGGGAGGAGGACGCUGGGGCGUGAGAGAAGCCAUCGCGGACUAAAUAAAGGAGGCUGCGGCUGCUGCGCGUGCGCCCAGAGGCGCGGGGGUGGGCGGGUGCCCUUGGGUGAGCUCUCCGGCCGCCGGCCCCCGCCCCUUCGGGCUCCGGCGAGGUGGUCGGAACCCCCCACCCCCCACUCCCCGGUUGGGCGGCGGGCGGAUGGUUACCAAGGAGCUUCCUCGGUUGGCAGCGAACGCAGCCGCCCUCAGGGAGGUGGGGAGCGUGCCGCUGCUCCCUGUGGCCCGCUCCCGGUAGCCGGAACCCGGUCACCCGCCCCAGACCGGACGCCGAGCGCGCGGCCGGCCUUCGGUGGGCAGGGGCUGCUCGGAGCUCUCGCGUCGACGCGUUAGAAUUCCUCUUCCUCCUUGAAGUCCUUUGGUGAAAGAAAACUCUUCCGCACGUUCUGCACGUGAAUGAAGGUGUAGGUUGUGCUGAAUGAAGCUACAACGCGUUGAAUUUUCUGUACCGCUGCCGGCACAAUACCAACUUUGGCGCAUUGGGAGGGGAAAAGUCAAAUGCACCCCCACCCCAUUAAGCUUGGGGUGGUUAGUGGUUGAUAUUCAGGUGGGGUUUCCUCCCCUCUCGAAAUUCCUUAUAAGGCAGCAUUAAUUUAAUAAAUAGAUUGUAAUAACAUAAUUAUAUACUUAUUUGCGUAAAAGAAAAAGGUAAAACAGGAAACCAGAGAAACAAGACCCCCACCGGAAACCAGUAUCCAAAAGUAGCUGACUUGGUUUCCAACAAUUACCCUCAUUGCUGGGCGUAAUAGAGGGAAUGAUGCGGGGAAAAGGCCCUGAAAUCACAACUGAUUGGGGAAAAAAAAAAUGCUUAUCUACCCUGUUUGUCAAAUCCACCUGCCAAGUGUUGAGAUUAUUGCUUUUUGUGACGGCCAGUAAAAGCUGAAUGCCCCUGUGAGCUAUUGGUAACAACAAAAAAAAAAACCCUGCUAGUGACUGAAAUGAGUGAAAAAAUUAAAAACCUAGAGUCUUACGUGCAACUUCUAACACUUUUGUAACAAAUACACUGAAGACAGAUUAGCAGAGUACGCACAAAUGUAAAAAUCUUAGGCAGAAUCUUUUUGAAAACUGGAAGCAAAAAUUGUUCAUUUCUUGAUGAUAAUCGUGUGCUGUAACUUUGACAUAUACCAUUUGAUCAAAAGCAGCGAACUGGGGGACACUGUACAAGGCAAUGUACAAUAUUCAUUAUUCAUAGAUUCCAUAUUUGCAAAUUUGCCUACUCACUAAAAUUUGUAACCACCAAAUCUGUGCAUAGCAUUCACAGACAUGCACAGUGGCAAAAAAUUUAACAUUCCCAGCUGAGUGUAACAAGACAGCCCUGCCUUAUUAUUUCAGCUCUCAUAUUGUAAAUAAAUGUACUUUUCAUAAUA